UUGGGUUCAAAGCACUCAGGCUGAUUGAUUGCCGGUAACCCGUCGUAGGUGGUACCAAGACGUGGCUGAGGACAUAAACAAAUAUAGAAUGGAAGAUAGUACACAGUUACACCAAAACAUUGAACCCUGGACUACUUGCGCCCAUGAAGCAUCAAGCAAUGUUGUCAGGAUCUAUACAGAAUUCCAUCUCGUGCUGCUCCAAUGGCGGUGGCGAAGUCCAACAGACGCAAUCCUCGAAUGUCGUGCUGACAUGUACACAGCUGUCGUUGGCAUGCGUUUCCCAAAUGUCGAUGAUAAGACGUGGCACGAUGAUAAAUGGCGCACUAUCGGAGAACAACAGUACGACAUACAUCACCGCCGUCGAAAGGUCGGCCCACAAUAUCGCCGAGAAGAUUUGAACUGCCAGAUUCAUGACAAAGUAUAUGUCAUGGUAUCGGACGAUCGAGACUAUAUAGGUGUUGGGUUUCAUUUGAAGUUCCUUCCGUUCUUUCAGGUGCUUCACCAGGAGGGUAAUGGCGAGAACAACCAGCAAAAUGUCAUAGCAUAUGACGGGGAUGGAAGUAUAUAUCGCUGGCAUGGGUCCGAUGUGGAAAAAGUCGUGCAGUACUUGAUGUUUGGGGGGAUUAUUAUUUCUUGUAUUGAGAUCGCUGAGGGUCGACUCCACAAAACACAUCCACCGCUAUAUAGAGCGCGACGACAGGUAUAAACAACCCCAGUAGAACAUAAAGUAUGGACUUGGAUUGGUUGCACAGGGCGUACAGACGCCAGAUGAGGAUGACUUUCGUCAAGCAAGAGUAUACAGAGGUACCCCAUUGCAUAAACAGAAACGUGCUAUCACUGCCUGAGGUAUAUAAAUUUGACCUCCCCCUAGCGCUAGUCAGUUAAUGACUGCUCAGUUGGUAUACCUCACGUACAGCAGGCGGAGA